AUGAACCAAGUUGAAGAACCAGUGGGUCCUAACCCACUGGAACCCGCAGAUCACUAUCCUGAAUUUCAAGAUAUGGAUGUGGACGACGAUCCAGAUCCUGAAAUGCCACCUUCUGGGACGCCGACGCAUCCCAUCGAGAUUUCAAGCGGAUCUUCUUUUCAUGGUUCGCCAUACAGAGGCCCUGAUAUCUGGGCCGAAAGAUGGAGCACAUAUAAGUGGGAGUAUACACCCCCUCACCGCAACUCACCUCCACAUCAGCGGGUUCCCUCUGAGGACCCACAUUUUCAGGCGGUCACACCACCGCCACCACCAGCGCCAGAGCAGCCACCGCCUCCAGAAGAACCAUCGAGGCGAAGAAGAAACCCGCAAAUGGGUGGGCCUUCAAACGCCGUUUCUGAAGUCGACUCCACACCAGUCGCACCUGCACCACCACCUAUGGGUUAUGAAAACCCAAUUCCAACUUACCCAGAUGCAGCUGGGUACAACCCGUUUGAGCAGCAAGCUUAUUCGUGUUAUAACUACAACAAUGCACCUGCCGUCGACCCAUACGUCGAGGCAGCAAACUUCAAUGCUCUCAACCCCUCGCCCUUUCCACCUGCAUACCCAACUGGGUACCCUGCGUAUGGGUAUCAAUACCCACCGCCUCCAUAA